AUGUCUGAAUUGACAAUUAGUUCUACUAAUUGGCUCGCUAUAUCAUUACGAAAUGAUACUGCUAUUGUAUUAAAUUUAAAUGAUAUACAACAAUGGCAAUAUCUUAAACCUGUAAUAAAUGAUAAUCAAUCAAAAGAAACUAAUCCUACAACAAUUAAUAAUAAACUACAACAACAAGAAAAAACUGAAGAUGAUGAUGAUAAUAUUAAUGAAUUAAAUCGUAAUCUAAUUAGAUUUACACCUGAUGGACAAAAAUUACUUGUUAAUGGACAAAAUAAACAAAUAUAUGUUUAUAUAUCAUCAAAUAAUGAUAGUAACAAAAUAUAUUGGCAAUUACAACGAAUAAUAACAAUAAAAAAACGUGCUUCAGCAUUAGAUUUAACUAAUGAAUUUCUCCUUAUUGCUGAUAAAAGUGGUGAUGUUUAUAAAACUGAUUUAUUAAUUGAUCAAAAUGUUGUUCUUACAUCAGACGAUUGUAUUAUGGGACAUUUAUCAAUGUUACUUGAUAUUGCUUUUAUUUCGAUGAAUAACGAUCAACAAUUUAUAUUAACAACUGAUCGAGAUGAAAAAAUUCGUUUAAGUCAUUAUCCAAAUGCUUAUAAUAUUCAAGGUUAUUGUCUUGGUCAUACAGAAUUUGUUUUACAUGUUAAAUUAAUUGAUCAAAAUCAUAUUCUUUCAGCAUCAGGCGAUGGUUAG